UUCACGUUUUGUUUUCAAGUCUCACCAAACCAGCCUUUACAGAAUUGCCUCGUCUACUACGAGCGAACGCGAAGGCAUUAGGCACAGUUUGUCUCUUUUGCUCUUUCUCUCCAUAAGAAAAAGGGGAGGAGAGAUUUACAAGGGAGCUAGAGACAAAGAAAAUAAAAAGCUCGCUUGGCUCUUAUGCUUUACGCCGAAAAAGAUUUGAUUUCUAGCGGAGUACUCUAUAUUGUACUCAGUUAAUAGUCCGAGUUACGGAAACGAUCAGGGCUUUUUGCACUUGAAGAACAAUGUUAUAUAGAAGUGGUCAUAGAUAGGAAGGUUUUAGUUUAUAUAUGGCUUGGAGAUGGUUGCAAGGUGCUGGAACUGGAAACAAUGAGGUCCUUCCAUUUCCAAAUUCUGGAAUUGGAUUUCUGUGGUGUCCCCAAGAUGAUGGUUAUCACCCAGGUGGCUUAUUUGCAAGUGUAGGGCAGAUGGGAAUGAGUUGUGGGAUCUCCCAUAAUCCAUCAAAGCCUACUACCAACAAUGGCUUAAAUCUUUCCUCCACCAAUUUGUUUGAACAUCACAAGGCGCAGAAUAUUGGGUUCAAAGAUAGUGGAUUGGCCGAGUUAGUUUCAGGUGAAGUGUUGGAGGUGGAAGAGGAAGGGAUGCUAGGGAAAAAGAAGAAGGCUGGUUAUAAGUUGAAAAUUAAGGUUGGGAAUCAAUCUUUGAGGAGGUUGAUCAGCGGGGCAAUUGCAGGUGCAUUUUCAAGGACUUCAGUCGCUCCAAUUGAGACUAUUAGGACACACAUGAUGGUGGGUAGCUAUGGUCACUCAACAACCCAAGUGUUUCACAACAUCAUGCAAAAUGAAGGGUGGAAAGGCCUUUUUAGAGGAAAUCUGGUCAAUGUGAUACGUGUUGCACCGAGUAAGGCAAUCUAGUUGUUUGCAUAUGACACAAUAAAAAGGAGUUGACGCCUAAAGCAGGUGAAGAGCCAAAGUUACCACUUCCUGCUUCUCUGAUUUCAGGCACUAUUGCGGGGAUUAGCUCAACCCUAUGUACUUACCCGCUCGAGCUUCUAAAAACUCCACUGACUAUUCAGAGGGGCGUGUACAAGAAUGUGUUGGAUGCAUUUGUGAAGAUAGUGAGAGAGGAAGGAGCUGGGGAGCUAUACAGAGGUCUCACUCCAAGUCUGAUUGGAGUAAUCCCAUACGCGGCCACUAAUUAUUUUGCAUAUGACACACUACGGAAGGCUUACAAACGGAUCCUCGAGCAAGAAGAAAUUGGGAACAUAGCAACCCUCUUAAUGGGGUCGGCGGCUGGCGCCAUCUCUUGCACCAUGACGUUCCCUCUAGAGGUGGCGCGGAAGCACAUGCAAGCCGGGGCUCUUAAUGGAAGACAAUAUCAAAACAUGCUUCAUGCCCUUGUCAGCAUUCUGGAACACGAAGGUGUUCCUGGCCUGUACAGGGGCUUGGGACCAAGCUGCCUGAAAUUGGUCCCUGCUGCUGGAAUUUCUUUCAUGUGUUACGAGGCGUGUAAGAGUAUAUUGGUUGAGCGUGAGUGAGGAUGAUAGCCCUUAUGUGAGGCCGAUUUUAUUUAUCCAUUUUAAAUUGUUUCCUACACACACAUCUGCUUUAGACUUUUUAAAGUUAUGUUGUGUACUUGUGUUUUAUUUAAAAAAAAAGUUACGCUGUGUUUAUUUAAGACUCGUUCGAGUGUCUCUCUCUCCCUUGCCAUCAAUGUGAAGAUUCAGAUCCGUUAUU